CUUCCACCACCAUCACUGAUAUCGCAGCCGUAUCCUCAUCCUCUCUGCCGAUUCACUCACAGUCGGGGUGUUUGAUUGGAGUCUAUCUGCAUAGGGAGUUCUUUUUUGGAAGAUUGGUGUCUACCCACACACCAUCUAGACCUGAAUAGCAUCUUGACCCAUUAUAACAAGAAAGAGAGAGAAGAAAGAAUCAAUGCCUCCCUCCGCGGCCCUGACACCGGGCCUGUCGUCCUAUCUUAAAUCGCUCAAGACCAAUCCGAUCGACACCUCCAUUGAUAAUCUGAUCUCACUUCUCAAGCGGAGACAGAUCCGGCAUUCUCGGUCCUGCGCGACUGCUACGGCUUACCUGCUUCUUCGAGUGAUUUCGGCCUGUAGAACCAGCGAUGCCGGCAAGCUGAUCGAGCGGGUGCAGAGCGUGGGACGGCGGUUGAUCGCCGCUCAACCGCGGGAGAUGGUGGUCGGGAACAUUGUGCGACGGGUUUUGGGUUUGAUUCGUGACGAAGCUGAAGAUGACCGCGAAGGCGAUUUCACCUUGAGUGAGGCGGGCUCCGAAAGCCAGCCGCAGACUCCCCGUGCCGCUGAUGACCCAUCGGUCCAUGAAGGCUCCGAUCGAUCCUUGUCUCGCCCUCCUUUCCCCACCAUCAACACGACUCCGAUUUCUAUGUUCAACCUGCUUUCACACCCGGAGCCCCAGCCGUCUCUCCCGGGGACGCCCGUGUCCGCCUCGCCUUCUGGAAGAUUCCCGCCUUACGCACCGACGAAAGACAUCCGGGCCGAAGUGCUGGAGGGGAUUGGAGAAAUCAUCGAUGAGCUGGGUCAGGUCGAUGACCAGAUUGCGGCGUAUGCGCUCGACCACAUCCAUUCGAACGAGAUCAUCCUCACGCACACUUCAUCCACGACAGUUCAACGGUUCUUGCUCAAGGCCGCCGCCAAGCGAAAGUUCACCGUGAUCCACGCCGAAUCCUACCCCAACAACCACGAGGCCACCCAUGCCACCGUCAGCGGCAAGGAAACGGGCGACGACGAGAUCAUGAGCACCGAAUCGUUCCAGAAACCGCUCAUCGCGCUCGGGAUCACAGUCAUCCUGAUCCCCGACUCGGCCGUCUUUGCGCUGAUGUCGCGCGUCAACAAGGUCAUCCUAGGCACGCACUCGGUUUUGGCCAACGGCGGUCUGGUGGCCGCGGCCGGCACCCGGGUGAUCGCCCGCGCCGCCAAGCUGCAUCAGACGCCCGUGGUGGUUGCCAGCGGUGUCUACAAGCUCAGUCCCGUGUACCCGUUCGACUUUGAGUCGUUGAUCGAAUACGGCGACGCCAGCAAGGUCAUCCCCUACGAGGACGGCGAUCUCGUCGACCAGCUGGACGUGCAAAAUCCGCUGUACGACUAUGUGCCGGCGGAGUUGGUGGAUCUCUACAUUACCAAUUUGGGCGGCCACGCACCAUCAUACCUUUACCGAAUUGUAUCGGACCACUACCGCAAGGAAGACAUUAGCUUCUAAGAUAUGGGAAGAAGAAAAUGAAAUAAAGUUAACAAUAAAAAAAAAAAGGAUAUACCAGCAUAUUCAAACAAAGGGAGAGAGAGAAAAGAAAAAGGAUGCAGAGGUUUGAGAUAACAGUGGACUGGAGUGGCGUAAGGUCUGUCAUCACGCAAUAAAGGAACGAUACCCACGAGGAUCAUGGUAUGAGGAC